AUGACUGAACAACCUUUGGGGCCUUUUCCUAAACCCGAGUCCUAUCAACCUAUUGUUCAAAGGCUGAAGGACAUGAUUGAACGCAAUAACUGGAAGGAUAAAUUUGAGCGGGCGGUCCAUGACGCUUACAAGACAGGUGUCGAAGAUAUGACCAAUAUUAGCAGUUUGACCGACUAUUACAAUUUUCUUAAUUACUUUGUGUUAUGGGUGCCCAAAGAGGAUGAAACAGGAGCUUUUGUUUACAAUAUGCUUGGCACGAUGUACUUUGUCCUCGAUCAGAAAACGGUCAGAGAUUUUCAGUCACCCAUUAAGCCUUCAUCGUACCCACCACCGCCGUUAACGGAGCUAUCCAAGUGGAUAGUCGAUUUCGCCGGAGCUAUGGGACAAUUUCUUGAUACGCCUCAAUCACUUACCGAGGAAUCUCUACAGACUUUUUAUACCGCGGAGAACUACAAUGUUGACGCCUACGUGGUUCCAGAAGGAGGCUGGUUAGGGCACUCUUUCAACGAAUUUUUCGCGCGAAAAUUCUUGCCAGGGACCCGGCCCAUUGAUGGCCCCUCCAAUCCAGCAGUUAUCGUGAGUGCCGCAGACUCGACCUUCGAUGGCUCUUGGGAUAUCAAUACUGAUUCAAUUGUAUAUUUGAAAGGCCUCUCCUGGACCAUUGGCGAGUUACUUGCAGACAGUAAGUAUGCAAAUGACUUUGCCGGCGGAAAAUUUAUGCACGCAUUUCUCUCACCAUACGACUAUCAUCGUCAGCAUGCUCCUGUCGAUGGCAAAGUGCUCGAAGCCAAAGUCAUUCCAGGCCAGACCUAUCUUGAAGUUAAUAUUAAAAAACAUUCUGACGGAAAACAUAGACUCAUUCCUACUCGAGGACUUGUUUCUCCGGACUCUGCAGGGUAUCAAUUCUGCCAGACUCGCGGUCUAAUUGUAAUUGAUUCGCCGAAAGUUGGAAAAGUGGCUGUUUUACCAGUCGGUAUGGCUCAAGUGUCCUCUGUGGUCCUCUCCGUCAAGGAAGGAGAUGAAGUGAAGAAAGGGGAUGAGUUAUCUUAUUUCCAGUUUGGUGGGUCUGACAUUGUUCUCUUGUUCCAAGCGCAGAGCAAAGUUAAAAUACUUGCUAACGAACACAAGCAUUAUCGCGUGGGCGAACAGAUUGCAAUUGCUCAUAUUGCUGAAUAA